CAUCGAUAACUUGUGCGAAAUUUGUUUUGUUUUGGCCGCGCGGCAUUUCUUUAUUUUUGUGUUAUUUAUGAAUCUUAAGAAGCAACGAUGCUACCGAACCUCAACGACAAGAAGGAUCGCUACGCCAAGUUGUCCUUCCUCGGCGAGGGUCAGUUUGCCAUAGUUUAUAAGGCCCGCGACACGGUGACUAGUCAAAUUGUGGCCGUGAAGAAGAUCAAGAAGGGAUCCCGCGAGGAUGCACGCGACGGCAUCAAUAGGACAGCUCUGCGGGAGAUUAAGAUCCUCCAGGAGCUGCAGCACGAGAACAUAAUUGGAUUGGUCGACGUUUUCGGCCAGCUCUCAAAUGUCUCGCUUGUUUUUGACUUUAUGGACACCGACCUGGAGGUAAUCAUCAAAGAUACCAAGAUUAUCCUCACUCAGGCGAACAUCAAGGCCUAUGCCAUAAUGACGCUGAAGGGUUUGGAGUAUCUACAUCUCAAUUGGAUACUCCAUCGCGAUUUGAAGCCGAACAAUUUGCUGGUCAACAGCGACGGCGUCCUAAAGAUCGGUGAUUUUGGCCUGGCCAAGUCGUUCGGCUCGCCGAAUCGCAUUUUAACACACCACGUGGUCACCCGAUGGUAUCGGUCGCCGGAACUUCUGUUCGGCGCCCGGCAAUAUGGAACCGGUGUGGAUAUGUGGGCCGUGGGCUGCAUUCUGGCCGAGCUGAUGUUGCGGGUACCCUUCAUGCCUGGAGACUCGGACCUGGACCAGCUGACCAGGAUCUUCGCCACGCUGGGAACCCCCUCGGAUGUGGAGUGGCCGCAUUUGGGCAAGCUGCACGACUACCUGCAGUUCAGAAACUUUCCCGGCACUCCGCUAGAGGACAUCUUUACCGCCGCUGGCAAUGACCUGAUCCACCUGAUGCGGUGCCUGUUUGCCAUGAAUCCGCUGCGGCGGGUGUCCUGCCGGGAGGCGCUUAGUAUGCCGUAUUUCGGCAACAAACCCGCUCCGACGGUGGGUCCGAAGCUGCCCAUGCCCUCGGCCAUAUUGGCCGCCAAGGAGGGCGCCAAUCCGCAGGGCGGCGACGAGAAGCCCCCGCUCAAGCGAAAGCUGGUGGAGACCACCGUAAGAGGCAAUGGACUGGCCCAGAAGAAGCGGCUGCAGUUCUAGUGUACACUUCAGGUAUCAAUAGUUCGUAAUAUUCUUAUCGAGUGCAUUGCAUUAUUUAAGCGAAUCCUGUUUUUAAUAUCCUAUCAGGGAUUAGUUAGUGGUCUGAAGAAAAAGUUAUGAAUUCUCCAAAAGAAAAAUCCUGAAACCAAUCAGGUAUUUUCUUUUAAAUAGGGAAGUUGUAGGACUUCCAAAUUGCCUAACUUUCGUUGCUCUUCCCAACUUAUCUUUUCUCAUUUUUCAUACAUGAGCGAAGAAAUAAAUUAAGGCUUCAUUUAAGAUGAUUUAUUAAGUAUGUGAUUCAAAGCGAAGUAAAAUGGGUUAUUGCUUAGCUUUUAAAUCCUCCGAAUUUUAAGAUUAAAGCAUUCUGUGUGAAAAGUG